AUGAAGCCCAUCAAGAUCUAUGGGCAUGUUGCUGGUCCUCACCCGUGGAAGGUCGUCAUCCUCCUUAAGGAACUCGGCGUACCCUACGAGAUUGAGUUUCUCACGGCCGAGGAGAUGAAGGUCGCUCCGUACAUGAACGUCUGUCCCAAUGGCAGGGUUCCCACCAUAGUAGACCCAAACCACGACAUCACGUUGUGGGAGUCCGGAACGAUCAUCGAGUACCUCGAAGACAUGUACGAUCAUGAUGAUAAGCUGAAAUACAGCACCUUUCCCGAGAAAUACCACCAGAAGAACUGGAAGGAUUAUCAAAUCGCUGGGCACGAUCUGUUUUUGGGGCAAAAAGCCUAUUUCACAAUGUUUCACACCGACCAGGACAUUUCAUCUGUUCAUGAGCAUUAUGGGAACAUGGUGCGGUGGGUUCUCGGGGUCGUGGAGCGUCAGCUCGUCAAGACGGGGCAUCCGUACCUUGUGGGCGACAAGUGCACGUAUGCCGACCUCAUGUACAUCCCUUUCCAUCUGGUGCUUCCAGACAAACUCAUGCGCAACGUCAGCGAUGACUUUAAGCAGGAGUGGAAGGAAAAGUUUCCGCGAUGCUAUGAGUGGAAUAUGCGGAUCGUAGGGCGCGAGAGUGUCCAGCAGGCACUGGAGGAGAAGUAUCGAGCGAUGGACGCGGCAGGGUGGCCGCGCUGA